UCGUAAAAUGUCGGAAUAUUGCCGCGAAAUUGUAACGAGGACUGGUUCUGUUUUGUUUUAGAAUGAAGUAAUUAUCGAAGUUCUUUCGCGUUCGCGAUAUUUUGUUUUGUUCAAUAAUCGUGGUUCAAUGGAAAGCGAGAUUAAUAGUGCAGGUGUCCUGCUAAAACCAAGAGAAAAUUUUAUAAAAACUCAACUUUUAUCCGAAAUCCUUAUUUGUAGAGUUGUUGUACAGUAUUUAUGAAUCAUAAUUCAUAACUCGUCUAUAUGGUCAAAAUGUCAAACACGAAUUGGCGAGAGGAUGAUCUGGAAAGGGGUUUGGCAGAUGAUCUAUUUAAUCUCUCAGGUUUGGGCGUCGAAGAUUCACAGAUUGGAGCUUAUGACAUGACAGAGGUUUUGAAUUUGGUAAAAGAACCGUCUAUGUUAUUAAAUGUAUCGAACACCAGUAAUCCAAAUGUUAAAGUUGAAGGUUCGCCCUUAAAGCAGUUUAAAGAAGAUCCAGCUAGUUCCAGGUUCAAUUUUGUUCUCAAAGCUCCGACAUCAUCUUCCAAGAAAUUAAACGAAGACAGCAUGACCUACCUUAACCAAGGUCAGUCAUAUCUAGUUCGACUACAAGCAUUGUGGGAUACUUCGUUUAUAAGUAAUCAUAUUGUGAAUGCUGUGGUAAAACUUGGAUUUUUUGAACGAAAAUUGCAAGUGAUUGAGGCAGAAAAGUAUGAAGAAUGGUCAACUAAUCGACCCGCAGAGAGACUUUUAGAAAUCGAUAUGCCUAUGUCUGCUGGGAUUAUGAAUAUAAGGAGUCAAGGCAGCUAUACAAAUGAAUUGGAGUUUGAGUGGGAUACAAAAGUUGAGGCUCAAGUUUAUGUCAAGAUUAACUGCGUGAGUUCAGAAUUUACCAGAGGCAAAAGUGGAGGUGAAAGUGGCGUACCACUUAAAUUGCAAAUUGAUAUUCACGACACGAAGUCACAAAAUGUUGUUCCACUAUAUUCAGCUGGGUGUCAAAUAAAAGUCUUUCGGACGAAGGGUGCUGACAGGAAACAUAAAACCGAGUUAUCAAAACUUGAGCAAUUAUCACAGGAGGAAAUGGGACAAUACCAGCCUCCCUGUGAUGUCACAGUACUUACAGAGAAUCUCGUCGAAUGUUCAGAAGAAAGACUAUGGUCGUCCCCAACGAGUUCAUAUCAAAAUUCUCUCAACUCUUCUAUUCAAUCUCCACAAAGCUAUUAUUCUCCCGUAUCAUCCUCGACGAUAACGAUAUCAGUUCCAGAGAGAAUCACUAAAGACUCCACAGUGGAUGAAACGAGAGCAUGGUUGGCAGAUAACAGAUUCCAUGCCAUUUUACCGCAGCUAAAUAACUAUACAGGUGCUGAUGUUUUACGACUAAGCAAAAAAGAUAUUAUACUGAUAGCCGGGAGCGCCGAAGGCAUUCGAUUACAUAACUUAAUCCAAACUAGGGCAGCGAAACCAGUAUUAACAAUGUACGUAUGCGUGGAGUCCAUGCAAGAUCUAUCAACGAUGAAGGAAUAUCAAGCUGUAUAUUUAGAAACUUUGACUUUAAAAGCCCUUAAAGAAAAACUAGCUCAAAAGUGUAAUCUACAGAGUAGUCAGAUAUCUGCUGUAUUCAGGCAAGGUCCUACGGGUAUUUCAAUUCUUGUUAACGACGAGAUGGUGGCUAACCUUGCUGAUGAGAUGUCAUUUAUGGUUGAUGUUAUCAGAGACGAACACAAUAAUUUGUGGAGAAUUCUGCUAAAAUAAUUCUGGACAGACUAACUGUAAAUAUUCUAUACAGGAGUGCAUGGAAAUAUCCCGCUCCGUUGCACCAGAACUUCCAAGUUUCUAUGAAACAAUGAUAAACUUUGUUCACCAUAAGGAUUGGUUGGGAUUUUCAAAAAAAAAACAAGCACGCUGCACUUCAUACCGUAAUGCAUUAAAAAAAUGAAUGGAAAUGCAUGUUAUGGCCAGAAGUAAACCCUAAAUAGGCUAUAAAGCACAUGCACUUUCAGUUUCUUCUUUGCAUGUUUUGUGACUUUAUCUUGGCAAAAGAUAAGUUCAUGUUUCAUAGAGACUUUGAAAUUCAUUCUGCAUAUGCUAGAGUAUAUUUCACUGAUCGACCAAAAAAUGACAAGAAAGAGAGAUCAAAGAUCUGUGUUUAUAUUUACUUUACGUGUAAAUAUGCAUGUGGUCGUUAAAAACAGUCUGUUUGAAAAACAUUGAAACAUCGCCAACAACAAUCGUAUAUCAAUAGUUCAUUUUACUAUUCAAAUUGCUUCAAGUAAAGGCUGGUUUUCAUAUAUGACAUAAUUCGUCCUGACACAUUAAGUCGCCUGUGCCAUGGAGAAAUAUCACUGUUGUAAAACGAUCAUGAUUGUUGUGAAAAACAAAAAAAAAUACGGUUUUUACGUAGGGUUUCACAUGGCAAACCAAUUACGACAUGUGAAAUACGACGAGUUAUGGCAUAUGAAAACGAAAACCAGCUUUUAAGUAUAGUAAAAUAAGGUCUUCGCUUGUAUUAUGUAAAUACAAUAUGAACAAUUAAUCUGAUAUUUUAGUGGUUGACGUUGUACCGUAAGUUUGCUAUAUAUAUAUAUAUUCGCAGUUUAUAUAUUAUAGCUUAAAUACAGUCCCUUUUUUGGUCUUGGAAUGAUAAUUAUGAGAUGACAAUGCUUGACAAAUCAUGUCAGAACCGACUGCUGUCCAAAUAUCACUCUUACCAUUCCCCG